CUCAUUCUUUUUAUAUAUAAUUAGUGGGUACGCUUUUUGUCCACACUUCUUACUACUGUUUCAAUAUUUGGCGUUUAGUGAAAGAGCUUCUCAGUUCCCAACUUCGGUCUUCCCCAAUCCCGCACUAGCACUAAAAGAGCUAAAAAAUACAAAACUCAAAAUUAAAAAGAGAUGAAAAAUAGCCUGUCAGGCUGUCACCUCUUUUUCUGCUGCCCCCUCCCCUGCCAAAUUCUUUUCUAUACUCUUCCCUCUCCAAUCACAUCACUCCCAAUUUUCUUCCAAUUAAAAUCAUCUCUCAAUCACUCAAGUCUGCACCAGCAGUUCUCCCUUUCCUUCUCCCAUGCUUCUUUGUUCCUUCUUUACCUCCAUCCAACGUCUCCUCUUCCCACAGAAAGCUUGAAACAGAACAGCCCCUUGCCUCUCAUCCCUUUCUUAUCUAUUCCAUAAAAAAUCCAGCACCCACCUCCAAUUGUCGCUCCCUCUUUUCAUCCGGUUUAAGCUGUGGAAGAGGAUGUCGGCGACGCUUUGGCGAUGGGAAAAAGUCGUGUCUGCAGCAAAAGGAGAAGCUCCGACUCCAAUGUGCACUGCAGGACUUCUAUGGGCAGGGGAGAAGAGGAGGAGGUGAACAUGGAACAAGUGAAGACAUUGGAGAAGAACUUUGAGUUGGGGAACAAGCUUGAAACGGACGGGAAAAUGCAGUUGGCUAGACCUUUUGAUCUGCAGCCUAGGCAAAUUGCUAUUUGGUUCCAGAACAGGGGAGCCGGGUUUGAAAGGAAAGGCCAUUUGGUACAUACAAGAACUGCUUUGAUCACUUACUUCUCGCUAUUUCCAUUGCAUCAUAUUUCACAGUUUGAUGAUGAUGACAAAUCGAGAACAUCAUCAAGAUUGCAGGAGGUUUCUCUGAUUCCGGUAUCUGAUAAGCGAUUGGAAAAUGACGAUCCUCAGGUUUUGGAUUCUCGCCAAAAACACAACACCAGAACGUGAACCUGUUGUAUUCAGGGCAGUAACAACCCGCAGAGACAAUAUGAUGGAUGAGCUCAUCUCACUGCUUUGGCCUUCCUCUGCAUAUUCCUCUCGAGUUCUCCAAACUAGGUAAGCAUUCAAGCCCACAGUUUGCCUCCAACUAACUUCGAUGGGUUCCCUAUAGAAUCUAGCUGUUUUCCUUUACUUUUGGGUUUGCUUUUGUUGUUAUUGUGUCAUAUUCAUAUUGGGUUACAGUAACAACUUUAGGAUUAGGUUACAUGAUACAAGGAAUCUAGAAAUGGACCAAGUGCAUUAAGAACUCAUCCAGAUGGCCCAUCAGCCUAUGCAGAGGAUACUUUUGUUAUAGAAGGCAAUGGUAUUGUUUCCGACAGACAGCAGGGUUAACUUGAAUUUAGCAGCAGCAACAUGAUUCAUUCUGAGGGAAAUGCAGAGAAGUAGAGGAAGUUCUUUGUCUCUUGGGCCAACGAGACAUUCUUCUUUGCAUAGGCAACAAUCGGGCUAAUAGCCUCAUUGUAUGACGUCUUCACAUUUGACAACAAAUAGUAGCAGUUGACGUCAGAAGGGAAAUGUAAGUGGUGGUGGUAAUCCCAUAUGGAGAGGAAUCAUCAGGCGUUGUUGAGAUUAUGCAAGCCAAGGAGAUUAGCAUGAAGGUGAAGGUUGCGGAUCAUAGUUAGUAAAUACUCCGUUUAAUACACGUAUAUGUACCGUACGUACUUUAUCCGUUUAAAACUUUCGUAUCCGUAUUAUUGUCAAGCCGUUUCAUUUUUUUCCGUUCAUUGGAUGGCUCCCGUAUUAAACAUGUAUAAAACCUGUAUAACACGUUUAAUAUCCGUAUUUAAUGAAUUAAAUUGUGAACUUUACUAUUA